GCAAGCUGACUCCGCAAGCAUCUCUCUGUAUCUCCCGAUCCUUCUCAGGCCCGCACCUGGACACACCGUUUCCUGCCCUCUGGAGAGGGGAGGAAUACAGCCAACUGCAGGGAUGCGAGGGUGAAGGAAUGAAAGCAUGAAUAGUCCACAGAGAGAGAGAGUCAGAAAGCCGUGAAUCCACAGAGGAUGUGAUAGUGGAGAGGUGCGCAGCAGACAAUACUUCAACUGGGAUUUCAAAGGGGAAACAAAAAGGACAACGGUUAAAACCGUUAGACAUGAGAUUCAGCUGGUGAAUAUAGUCCCUCUCUGGCCGUCGCGAGAGCAUCUUGGUUUGGGUAAUACAUUUGUUCUCUAGCUCGUGUCGCUCACGCUCUUGACCGGUGCGCGCGCCUCCCCAUCUUUCCCACGCGAGUGAAUCUGAUGAGUCCCGGUGGCGGUGUGUUGUUUCGCCGCCGCACGCGUACGCGCCCAGACUUUUCGCGCAUAGCAGCAGCAGCAUGUCCUCGCGCAAGAUCUCUUCGGAGUCGUUCAGCUCGAUGGGCUCGGAGUGCCUGGAGAGCCCCGGAGAUGAUGGCGACGCCUGCCCCUUUUCACGCAUCUGGAACGGCAAGAGCCCGGUGGAGAAGCUCGCGUGCCCGUUCGAGGACGCACCAGGACCCAAACGAGCGAACAGACGGAAGCGCGUGAACCUGGACUCGCUCGGGGAGAGCUUGAGGAGGUUAACGUCGCCCACGACCCAGAUGGUUCAACAGUCUUUACAGAGAACCUUAGAGUUCUACAGACAGAAAGAGAUCAGGUGCAGAGAGGAUGGGAAGGAGGAAAAGAAAAGUGUUACUUUGGAGAAGUGUCCCUUUGUGGAUCAUUGUGGUUCUGGAGAAGAGGCGGACGUCUCUGGAAUACUACAGUACAUGGCUACUCUACAGGGUGUGCGGUUCUGUGAGCUGAGGGAGCGUUUCGGGGAGGAGUUCUUCGGUCUGUGUUUCGAGGAGAACGAGCGUGUUCUAAGAGCAGUGGGAGGGAACCUGCAGGACUUCUUUAACGGCUUUGACGCCAUCUUAGAACACAUCAGAACCUCGACCGGACGCCGCGCCUCUUCAGAGAGCCCCUCCUUUCAAUGCAAAGACCCUCACCAGGAGGAGAGAGGAGGAGGGGAGAGGGUGGGAGGAAAGCUUCUCCUCCUCCACUGCUUUAACCCCGCCCCUGUCGUGGGAUUGGCUAUGCCUGGUCUGAUUCGAGGUGUCGCACGCCGAAUCUUCCACUCCCAAGUUGUGGUGAAGGAAGCCCCUCCCCUAGCGUCCUUGUCGCCCAAUGAGGACGCAGCACACUCAGGAGGAGACUCCAUCCCUACUCCCACCGCUUCUCCUUCCUCGUCUCCCUCACCCCCUUCAUUGUCUGCCCCCGUCUCACUGUCCUUCCUCAUCAGAGAAACCUUCCCCUCCUCUUCCUCCAUCCCUCCCUCUGUCACCCUUCCAUCAGAGACCUCCAAGCAGACCCUCCCGCCCCUCUCCCUCUCCCCCACUGACCUGCGCAUCGGUCCGGCAACAUUCUGCAGGGCCUUCCCCUUCCACCUGGUGCUGGGCCCCAGCAUGGAGCUGCUGCAGCUAGGGGAAGGUCUGAGAAGGCAGGCACGGAUCGAGCCUCACCGGACCCUCUCCUUCAGGGACUGCUUUGAGAUUAUCUCCCCCAGGAUCCAGCCCACCUUCCAGGCCAUACUGCUGCGCCUGGCCUCCCCCUUCACCAUCCGCACCCGGCCAGACUGCUCCCAGUCAGGCACCAAGGAGAAGGUGAUGGAGGUGAAGGGUCAGAUGAUUCAUGUCCCAGAAUCCUCUACUCUGAUGUUCCUGGGUUCCCCCCGGGUGGACAAGCUGGAGGAGCUGAUGGGCAGGGGCCUCUACCUGUCAGACAUCCCCAUCCACGACGCCACGCGUGAUGUCAUACUGGUGGGACAGCAGGCCAAGGCACAGGACGGCCUCAAGAACAGGAUGGACAAACUCAAGGCCACUCUAGAAAAGACACACCAAGCUCUAGAAGAGGAGAAGAGGAGGACAGUAGACCUUCUCUACUCCAUCUUUCCUGGUGACGUGGCCCAGAAGCUAUGGCAGGGGGAGUCUGUCCCCGCCAGGAAGUUUGAUGAUGUCACCAUGCUGUUCUCUGACAUCGUGGGCUUCACGGCAGUGUGUGCCCAGUGUACCCCCAUGCAGGUCAUCAGCAUGCUCAACGAGCUCUACACACGCUUCGACUACCAGUGUGGAAUCUUGGAUGUGUAUAAGAUUGAGACUAUAGGCGACGCCUACUGUGUUGCGGGCGGGCUCCACCGGAAGAUUGACAGCCAUGCCAAGCCAAUCGCACUCAUGGCCCUGAAGAUGAUGGAGCUGUCAGAGGAGGUGUUAACGCCGGACGGCAAAUCCAUCAAGCUGCGUAUAGGUAUCCAUACAGGCUCAGUGUUGGCGGGGGUGGUUGGGGUGAGGAUGCCCAGGUACUGUCUGUUUGGCAACAACGUCACACUGGCCAGCAAGUUUGAGUCUGGGAGCCACCCUCGAUGCAUCAACGUCAGCCCAACCACAUACCGGCUGCUGAAAGACGAUUGCUCCUUCUCUUUCGUCCCUCGUUCCCGGUUGGAGCUUCCUGAUAAUUUUCCGAAGGAGAUCCCGGGAACAUGCUACUUCCUGGAGGGAGGGACUUCCCAUAGCCACACCUCCCUGACAAGCUCCCGCUCCGCCCCCCCAGCGCCCCUGAGAAAAGUGUCCUACAGCAUCGGCACCAUGUUCCUGCGAGAGACCAGUCUAUAGGCUCCCAAAACACACACACACACACUGCAUCAACAUACACACACAACUCUAAACCUAUAGCCCAAACCCUACCCCAUGUUUAAAUGGGAGACUUAUAGGGAUGACAAUACCCUCCUACCCCAAACCAGGACGCAGUCCUCUUUACAACCCCCCUCGCUUUUCCAUCUAGAAACAGACACUCCUCGCUUCACCAACUACAACCUGUUGUUACCAAGGGCAACCACCCUUUACCCUUCAACCCCACCACAAACCAGACUUUGAAGGUUGACAGAAGAGGAGGGAAAACAACAAAAUCAAUCAAUAGAGACAAUAUAAUAGAAUAAUCUAGCAACUUCAAAACUAAACUAAAGCCUUCUGCUUGUAGAACACAGCGUACUGUAACCAUGGAUACCACGGCUGGCUGUCAGUCUGGGCAUGGCAGGUACUGUGUUAUUAUCAACAUCGCUCACAACUCAGUGCCUUCUUCACUAGAACACUCAGACAUACACUCUCAAACCCCCAACAUGUGAGCUGGCUGAACACGCGGGGAAAUGGAACGAGGUCUGCAGCUCUGAUACUCCCCACAGUGAUGUGUGUGACUCUCCAAAAUGAGUCACCGUGGGGAGUCUAUGUUGUUUCGGUCCAGCUAGCAGCUGAACCACUGAGAUGUUCGGACAUUUUCUCUUUCAGUUAGCUGAAUGCAUCCACCUCCCAGCCCAUCUGUCAACACUAAACCAUGGACAUGAGCAAGCAGCACGUUUAUCCAUCCACCCCCCUCCCCUCCAUCCACCAACUCUAAUAACCAAGGUGUGGAUAGGAAGUAUGCCUGGGGGGGGCUCUCUACGUCAUUCUAUGUUUUUAGAGCAAUAACCUUAGGAUCCUAUCUCUCUGUCACCACUCUAGUCCCCAACCUCAUUUCUCUCUCACACACACAAACACACAUUGGCUUGUUACAAGUAAGAAAUGGCCCGCUUCAAUCAAAUACCAUUCUAAACAUAUUUGUGCUGGAAGUGGUUUUUGAUGUCAUUGAUUUAGUUGUGAGGUUAAAGCAUUAAAGAUAAUAAAUGAAACAAAAUAAUCAAACAGUCAGUCACCCCAUUAAGACUGUUGGCUUUCCAACAGCAUCAUAAUCAAAGUCCCAUCCCAUGUUGGCUUUCCAACAGCAUCAUAAUCAAACGUUCCAUCCCAUGUUGGCUUUCCAACAGCAUCAUAAUCAAACGUUCCAUCCCAUGUUGGCUUUCCAACAGCAUCAUAAUCAAACGUCCCAUCCCAUGUUGGCUUUCCAACAGCAUCAUAAUCAAACGUCCCAUCCCAUGUUGGCUUUCCAACAGCAUCAUAAUCAAACGUCCCAUCCCAUGUUGGCUUUCCAACUGCAUCAUAAUCAAACGUUCCAUCCCAUGUUGGAGUUCUACACCAACAGCAUCAUAAUCAAACGUCCCAUCCCAUGUUGGCUUUCCAACAGCAUCAUAAUCAAACGUCCCAUCCCAUGUUGGCUUUCCAACAGCAUCAUAAUCAAACGUCCCAUCCCAUGUUGGCUUUCCAACAGCAUCAUAAUCAAACGUCCCAUCCCAUGUUGGCUUUCCAACAGCAUCAUAAUCAAACGUCCCAUCCCAUGUUGGCUUUCCAACAGCAUCAUAAUCAAACGUCCCAUCCCAUGUUGGCUUUCCAACAGCAUCAUAAUCAAACGUUCCAUCCCAUGUUGGCUUUCUAACAGCAUCAUAAUCAAACGUCCCAUCCCAUGUUGGCUUUCCAACUGCAUCAUAAUCAAACGUUCCAUCCCAUGUUGGAGUUCUACACCAACAGCAUCAUAAUCAAACGCUCCAUCCCAUGUUGGAGUUCUACACCAACUGCAUCAUAAUCAAACGUUCCAUCCCAUGUUGGCUUUCCAACAGCAUCAUAAUCAAACGUCCCAUCCCAUGUUGGCUUUCCAACAGCAUCAUAAUCAAACGUCCCAUCCCAUGUUGGCUUUCCAACAGCAUCAUAAUCAAACGUUCCAUCCCAUGUUGGAGUUCUACACCAACAGCAUCAUAAUCAAACGUCCCAUCCCAUGUUGGCUUUCCAACAGCAUCAUAAUCAAACGUUCCAUCCCAUGUUGGAGUUCUACACCAACUGCAUCAUAAUCAAACGUUCCAUCCCAUGUUGGCUUUCCAACAGCAUCAUAAUCAAACGUCCCAUCCCAUGUUGGAGUUCUACACCAACAGCAUCAUAAUCAAACGUUCCAUCCCAUGUUGGAGUUCUACACCAACAGCAUCAUAAUCAAACGUUCCAUCCCAUGUUGGAGUUCUA